UCAAUAUCCAAUGUAUACCCCCAAGUGAUAUAGUCUGGAUUUACUCGGACGAUAGAAGCAAAUAACAAAACUUUUUGAUUUUAGACAAUUCUGUCAGAAUUUUAACCAAUCACAGAUCAGGAAAAUAACCAACUCUCUAGCAAGCCAAUAAAAUUAGACCUCGUGAAUAAUUAUAAAAAAUACCCUAAGGGAUUCAAUGACUGGAUAUACAAACAGAUUUGAAUAAAUUUGGUACUUCGAAUCUUUUAUAUUCGUUACAAUUAAUAACGGUAUUUUGAUCAAUAUAUGAAAUUUGUCUGCAUAUUUUUCUUGUGUUUCCUAUCAUCUUAAGUGAUUUACAAUUUCAAUAUAAAAAUGUUACAUCUCUUUCUCAUUCUACUUUUAAUGAUUUUCACAUCAACAGGUUUAGGUCAUCGUUGUUAUGUGUGUAAUAAGUGUCAAGACCCUUUCAGAUAUCAGGAUACUGAGAAACAAACUGGUUGUACCUUCUGUUCAACAAUAAGAACAUAUGUACAAGAUAAACUACAAGUGACCAGUCGUAGUUGUGUUCCGGUUUGCGUUGAAGCUGAUGCCAGGAGAUCCGGGUCAGGAAUUGUUACAUCGUGUUGUCAAGACGAUUUAUGCAAUUCUAGUAGAAAAACACAAAUAUCCAUGACUGUAAUCUCAUCUUCAUUACUUUUCAUACUACCAUUGUUAUCAACUUACUUUUAAUAAAAAAUAAACUGAUAUUUCUCGCCCAUUGCACUUAUCAUGAAAAGUUUGAUUAUCGUAUAUAUUGCUUCUAAAUAAUUAUAGAAUUUAUACUUUAUUUAUUAUGACUUAAUUAUGCUUCAUUCACACCAUCAUUUAUUCUUCAGUAAUAAAAUAUUUAUUAUUAGAA